AUGAGUAGUCUUGACUUUUCUAGUGGAAACUGGAACCCUUUCGUUUCUUCUCUCUCCUUCCUUCUUUCCUCUGCUAUUCGUUAUUUCCUUCCUCCUUUCACCUGGUUUUUCGAUUUCUCCUUCCUCUUUCCGAAUUGGAUCUUUUUCUCUCUCCUCCAAGCGACUUCGAUCUCUUCUGCUGCUUGCAACGAUUGUUGUAGCAAUUGCAAUCCUUCUGCCCAGAGUGUUCCUGUUCAAUCUGGGAAAACACCACCAUUGUUGCAAUACAUUGGAACAUUGCUAACCAGAGGAAAACACAAUGCCUUUGAGUCACUUGAAUUAUCUAAACUGGUUGUAAAUCAGAAUAAAAAGAAUCUAUUAGGGAAUUUGUUGGAAGAUGACAAGCUUGAAUGUAGUGAGGAGCUUGGAGAUCUUGUGAAGACAGUUGAUACCGACCUUGCUCUCAAGAUAUACAUCAAAGCUAAAGCGAUUCCUAAAGUUGUAGCAGCAUUUGCAGAGAGGAGAGAAUUUGAUAAGAUUUUGAUAUAUUCAAAGCAGGCGGAUGUUGACAACAAUUUUACAAUAGAUUAUGGCGAGUUUUUGGCUCCAAUGCAUCUAAAUAAAGUUCGGAAAGAUCAUUACCUAUUCGCCGCAUUUUCAUAUUUUGAUAAAGAUGGGAGGAGCGUAGAAAGUUAAAAUAUGAAACACACAAAAAACCCAUAAAAAUCAAAAUUUAAAUCUCUAGACCUAGAAAGUUCGAGUGAUUAUCAUGACAUCUAAUCUUGAGGUGGAGCAUUUCCUCUCUGGAUUCAUGGGCAAGAGCACCAUGGAGGCAGCUCAAGAGAUCGAAAGUUAUGGCACAGCUGAGAAAACACUUACAGCCUGAACUGCUAAAUCGUGUAGAUGAAGUUAUGAUCUUUGAUCCUCUAUCACAUGAGAAACUAAGGGUGGUUGCUAGGCUGCAGAUGAAGGAUGUGGCUAAACCUCUUGCUGAGAGGGGUAUUACCUUGGCAGUCGCUGAUGCUGCUCUAGAUUAUGUCUUAGCGGAGAGCUACGAUCCAACAAGUAAAUCUGGUUUAUGGUGCAAGGCCUCUCAGGAGGUGGUUAGAAAAGAAGGUGGUUACAGAAUUGUCAAAAAUGCUCAUUAAGGAGGAGAUUGACAAGAACUCCACUGUCUUUAUUGAUUUCGGGAUGGAUGGCCUUGCUUAUCGCGUUGAGAAAACUGGGGGAAUGGUGGAUGCUGCAACUGGACAGAGGGCAGAGGUCCUGAUUCAAGUCCCCAACGGACAAAAGAGCAAUGCCACUACUCAAGCUGCAAAGAAGUUAGAAAUUGAGGUAUUCCCUAUUUUCUCUCCUCUCUCACUCUUUUAAUAGGUUACAGAUUCACCGUGUUUGAUUUUUUUUUUUUUUUGGGCAUUUGAUCUGGAUAAUCAAGCUCUUAUAAGCAAUUUUGUUGCAUCGCUUUGUCAGUUCAUGUGUUGUGAAAUGUGACAGAGGGAAUCAUUUCAGUGUCAUGCGGUUGAGUUUCAUAACCAAGAGGUGGAAAUGUUAUUUAGUAAUCACUUUUCAAUUCCAAUUCUAUUAUGCCCUAUAUUUUUCUGUUGGUUUGAUUUAUAUGAUACAAAAUAUUGGUGCGCUUAUGUUUUCUUUAAUUAUUAACUAUUAGGAAUCACCAGGUAAUAGAAUUUACUGAGUUUUAUUGGCUUAGUUUUUGUACUUUAGCUAUGCGUAAGUGUUAUGUGUCCAUCAAGAUCUUUUUUGUGGCCUUGAGGGUUUAUUCUAGAUUCUUAUGAUAUAAUGUUAUGGCAUUCUAUUUAAGGUAUGAAAUUUGGGGUCAAUAAUUAGUUGUUGUAAUGUGUGACUGAUAUAUAGAAGCCAUGGAAUUUGGGAUUAAACUUGGGCUAUGAAGCACAAGUGGUUGUUGCAACUUACUGCAGGGAUAAUAAAAAUCCUUGAGUUGGGAACAAAGGCUACCGAUUCACCAUUUCACCAUGAUUUUGUGAGCGACUCACCAUCUAUAUUUCUUCUUUUGCAUAUGGUAUUUAGGUGGGAUUUGGUUUUCGAUAUAUAUUUCAAUUUUUUUGCUUACAUUUUUUUUACUUCUUUUGGGUUGUUUUUUCUAAAUUUGGAUUUUUAAUUCUAAUUUUUGGAAUUUCUAAAUUGAGGUUUCAAUUAGCUUUGUGAAAUCUAGACCUUUAAAUGAGUCUUUAAGUGUUUAUGCUAUAAUUUGUCGAGAUGAUUUCGUUCCCUAUAAUUUGUUAGGAUCUUUAUGUGACACUAGCUUUAGAAUUAAUUUCUUUUUUGGGCUGUCAUAACUCUUGCAAUAAAAGAAUUCUACUUCUACCUUACCUUUAAUUAAUGAUUUACAUCCGAUCUGAGGGGAUUUCUUAUCUAUCCAAGAAUUAGGAACUGAGAUUGCAGAACUUGAGAAGAAGAGAGAUGAACUUGAAGCAGAACUGAAAAAGAUUUGGAGGGAGACAUGCGGUCUUAGUGGAAAGCAGGACGAUUUCUUGCUCUUGUAUGACCAAAUUGCUAUAUGUCUAUUUGAUGGUUAUGAACUUCUGAUCCUGUAAUGGAAAUAAACAUCAUAGAUCUUUGCUUCUUCGACAUGUGCCAUAUCCAAAUAUAUGGAGCUUUAAUAGAACCUUGGCAUUCGAAUGGAGCCUUACUGAUAUGUCAUUUUCUGUGAGUUUAGAGAAAGGACAAGAAUGUGAAGGGGGGGGGGGGGGGGAGGGAAGGGAAGGGGAAGCAGAUCUAUCGUUCUCUCUGCAAUGUUUCAAUUUUGUUUAGGCUGUAAUCAGUUGAAAAAAUGUUGUAUUUUUCAAGAUUUUUAGAAUCAUUGGAUGUAUAAUGAUUUAUUGAUGAUUGUUUUAGUAAGAAUGAUACUUCGUAUAUGUUUCCCUUGAAUUAGGGCGAAAAAUGUAAUUUGGUUUGUAGGUAAACAACUUUCAAAAUGGUUAUGAAAUGUCAAUUUUGUAGUUAAGUACUCUUUAUUUUUCA